UAACAUGCGACCCUCAAUGUGCAAUCUCCUCGUUGCUAUAUUUGCUACCUGUUUAGAAGAUCUAAUAUCGCGUUUUGAGUUAAAAUUCUAUUCAUCCUUAAGUGGCUCAUCAUGAGGAACCCUAAUGAAACAAGAGCUCGCUCUGUUCGGAUGUUUUUUGUGAAGCAAGCGUGGCAUUGACGCAGGAUCGAACUGCAAGAAACGUACAACAAACCAAGGAUAACGUAAGCAGUGAAACUCCUGUUAAAUCCUGGAUCAGCUUCAGUUAGACCAGAAAGUCUGAGCCGUGGACCAUGGCCUGCAAGGUGACAAAGUUACAAAAACGGAAACAGUAACUUCAUCUUCAUCGCUGCUGCAUGUUGGACUCACACCUACACCUCCUUCAGAUAAAAGCAUCUCUACACCUGCCUCUCUCAUGUGAGCCUGCGUUGCUCAAACCGGUAAACCCCUGCAAGAUGCAGCAAACGCAGAACCAGUGGAGGAAAACAAAAUGCUUGAAGAGGAGGAGGGGGUUCAUGUCUUCCAUCAAGGGAGUGUCUCAUCUUUCCAGGAGGGCUAAGAGACGCUUGUUUUGUAAGUUACAGCUGUGGAUGUGGAGGAAGCAAAGAGAGAACUGCCGUUUUGGGAUAUUCAGAGGUAGAAGACGCCUCUGGUGGUUCAGCUCCGGCUCUGGCCUUGGUUUAAAGACACAGUCACAGAAAAAUAAGAAGGUUGUAAACUACCAACCACCUAGCCGACAAAACUUGGCCUUCGUUUCACCUGAAUGUUCAGGAAAUAACCUUAAAGGGCAUAACGGCAUGGCGAAGCGGAGUGGAUCUGAAAGCCUUUCAGAAACACUCGCUGGGUCGGGUUGUUUGCAGGUUGUGGACACCAGUGUCGUUGCAGGCGGGGUCAGUCCAACCACACCAACAUCUACCGUGUUUCAGAGCACAGACACGGUACAAUGUAGUGAAAUAAAUGAAAAACUUUGUCACACCAUUAAACCUCUGCAGCACGAGGAGAGGGAAGAGUGUAAGGACCCAGGAACACAAAGACUUGAGGUUGACGUUCCAUCUGGGCAACUCAGUCCUGCCCCUCCAGUACAGAACCAGACCACAGACAGAGAUGCUGCUGAGAGAGUCGGCUGUGUGAAGACAGAAUCCUCCCAGGCUGAUGUCAGCCUUAAAGCACUGACGAGGGACAUCCAAGAAUUUCUGGACGACUUCUACAGGAUGUAUGGAAGCCUCAUCCCACUGCGCAAGAGUGACGUGAUGAGACAUCUGAAGAGGAAGUUUAACUCUGAUUUCAGCGAUUGGAAAAACAUCAUCCUCUCGGAGGUUGCCAGAUACCAAACUGAGAUCACAGAGAAACCCGUCCCCUCUUUCCGGGUGGUCUACAAGAAACACAUCCUGACACUGGAGGACCUGUCAACGCUGGCUGAUCAGAACUGGCUCAAUGAUCAGGUCAUGAACAUGUAUGGAGAGUUGAUCAUGGAGUCUUCCCAUCUCAAGGUCCAUUUUCUCAAUAGUUUCUUCCACCGGCAGCUCAUGACCAAAGGAUAUGAUGGUGUUAAGCGUUGGACAAAGCAGGUGGAUUUGUUUUCUAAGAACCUUCUUUUAGUGCCGAUCCACCUGGAGGUUCACUGGUGUUUGGUGACGGCCGACAUCCCCACAAAGAAAAUCUGCCUCUACGACUCACAAGGGAAUGCUCUGCAGAAAGUUGCAAGGAACAUCCUGAAAUACUUGAUGACCGAAGCAAAACAGAAGCAGCAAAGUGCGUUUGAAGAUGGCUGGACGGUGUCGUACGAUGAGAAAAUCCCACAGCAGACCAACGAGAACGACUGUGGAGUUUUUGUCUUAGAGUAUUCCAGAUGCCUCGCUCUGUCAAGACCUUUCCAGUUUUCCCAGAAGGACAUACCAAAGAUUCGAACGAGGAUCUAUAAGGAGCUCUGUGACUGUAAGCUCCAUGAAGAGGACUGAUGGAGCAUGAUUAAGAGCUCUCUUCAGACUGAUCUACACGUCGUGUGUGGUUACUGUAUGAAUAUGAUCAAUAUGAUCAAUGUUUAAAUCAGAGUUAUUUAAGAAAAACCUCUGCAGGUCCGAGCUGCACUGGAACAGCCUUAAUCGGACAUGGCCUUUGUGUAUGUUUUCCCUUCAGAUACAUUUACACCUUAUUGCACAUUUUACAUUAACUUUGAUUUCCGUAGUUUGCAUCUCAUCUUUACCAGAUAAGUGAAUGGAAAUGGCAUUUAACUGAACAUCAAGUACAGAGUUUGAAUAAAAAGCAUCUGUUUUCCAAACA